AUGAAGACCUGUCAGAUGGCGCUCGGUGCCUCUGCAUUGCUUUUUCCGCGCCGCCUAGUGCGGCGCAGAGCAGUGGUGGAGGGCGACGUCCAUACAGUGGCUGUGAAGAAGUGGCUGGAUUCCAUGAUCAUCGGCAUGAGCUUCUGCCCAUGGGCCGGACCUGCCAGCGAGGCAGAUGGAAUUCGCAUCGCCACGAGCAUGGCAAACUCACCCGCGGCAGCAUUAGAAGAUCUGAAAGCAGAAGCGGCAAGGCUGCAAGGAGCUCGGGAUUCAACGGUGACCACCCUUCUUGUAUGUCCUUGCGUGGAGCCUUGGGAAGACUUCACCAACUUCAACGACUUCCGAGAGACCGAACUGCAGAACGGGGAGGCCUUGGUGGAGGAAUUCGGUUGCAAGGUGGUAUGCUUCCACCCCCACUCGCGGGCGUCUGACAGCUAUGGCCUUCAAGAGGGUGAUGACAUCGUCAUUCGCACAGGGGAUGGUGAGCAGCUCUGCGGAACGGUUCUGAGCAUCAUGCCCGAGGGAGAGGACGGUGCCAGCAACUUGAAGGUUCAGUUCUACGGCAAAGUUGAUGAAGGUGAUGCGGAAAACGGCGAGUUCGGCAUGCAGCCCUUCUCGGAUGCUGCAGAUCGCGUUGAGACCGUUCCAGAACAAAGUGUGCUUCAGCUGAUUGGACGCGAAGCCCUACAGGACGAGGAUGCUUGCCGAAGCAUUUUGGGCCGUGCACCUCGAAUUGUUCUGCAUCUUCUCCGUGCUGCAGAUCUGGAGGCGGUCGACAACCAGAAGGCCUUUCAAACUCUGGAGCGAAAUGAAGAGGUUGUUGAAGCAAUGGGUGAGGAAGAAUUCGAUCGGCGGGUGCAGGAGUGCGGUUAG